CAGCAGCCUUAAAAGCCGCAUAAUCACGGAGAAAUGAAAACACACCCAAAAGAUAGAAACGCGCAACGACUCAAAGUGAAGGUCACACACUUGUUUUUUUCCCUGCGAGGGACAACUAGCGGACUGGGGCUUUUCUUCCGUUAUUUGGUCUUGGUUAACGGUCAUUGUAGCUGUUGACACAUAGCCUACCCACACAGACACACACCUACAGCCCACUCGACGAAUUUCACUCUCUAUACGGGCAUUUCCCCCCCCCCGCAUUUCAAAGGACGGUAAACAACCGAGACACAGCUGGAGAAAAUGCCGUUAUCAAUUAACGGCGUACUCUGCACUCUGACGGUGCUGAUUCUGUGGCAGGCGGAGGAGCUCGUUGAAGCCUGCAGCUGUGCCCCGGUGCACCCACAACAGGCGUUCUGUAACGCGGACGUAGUGAUUCGAGCGAAGGUGGUGGGGGAGAAGGAGAUAGAUACUGGGAAUGAUAUCUAUGGUAACCCCAUCACCAGGAUGCAGUAUGACAUCAAACAGAUCAAGAUGUAUAAGGGUCCUGACCAGGACAUUGAGGAGGUCUUCACUGCUCCGGUCUCCGCUGUGUGUGGCGUUACCUUCGAUACCAGUGGCAAGAAGGAGUACCUGAUCUCAGGCAAGGUGGAGGCAGGUGGGAAGAUGCAUGUGACCCUGUGUGACUACAUCACUCCCUGGGAGUCCAUGAGCUCCACUCAGAAGAAGAGUCUGACUCAGCGCUAUCAGAUGGGCUGUGACUGCAAGAUUGUGUGCUGCCCCUCCCUGCCCUGUGCCAUCUCCGCUCCAGAGGAGUGUCUGUGGACAGACCUGAUGAUGGAGAAGCAGGUGUACGGUCGCCAAGCCAACCACUAUGCCUGCGUUAAGAGGGCCGACGGCUCCUGUUCCUGGUACCGCGGUAAUGCUCCACCCAAGAAGGAGUUCCUGGACAUCGAGGACCCCUAGUCACUUCCUUCCAGCUGCCCACUGCAAAGCCUGAUUUUGUUUUUUGUUUUUUUUAAUUUUUAAAGAAAAAUACAUCUAAACAAUUUGGUGAAAUAUUAGGAGAAAAUAAGUUGUGUGAAAGGGCAAGAUUAAUAUGAUACACAUAAAAUAUAACGAGGCAAAGCUGAUUGAUUUGAGUGAGAUCGGUGAAAUUGUUUACUGGUUCAAAAACAACUCCUAGCUACUAUCCCCUUCUGUCUGCAGAUCUAAAGGGACCUGAUGUAUUCAUAGUAUGGUGAUGGCUUUCACAGGAGGUUGGUGACACCAUAAUUGGGGAGGACUGGCUCGUUGUAAUGGCGGGAACGGAAUAAAUGAUACCAUUCCAUUGACUCCAUUCCAGACAUGAGCUGUCCUCCCCUCUGCAUCCUCCUGGGUAAUCGAUCCACAUAGCUCUCUGAAUGUUCAUUUUGUCAAAUUGCUUACACAUACUUGGUUCCUUCAGGUCAUCAAACAGAAGGUUUAGAGGCUAGGGGAAGGAGCCAGACUGGCUCAGGGUGUUUGUAGCGAUUUAGGGUCAUAAGACUGACUUGUCGAGUGAUUUGUCACAUCCCCCUGAGGCUGGCGUCAGGAGGACUGAUUCUUUAAACUAUGGGUGUCUCAAAUGGCACCCUAUUCCCUAUAGAGUGCACUACUUUUUUUUGACCAGCGCCCAGGUAGUGCACUCUCUAGGGAAUAGGGUGCCAUUUUGGACAGAGCCCUGAAAGAGAGGUGCACUUGAUUUAAUUCCUUUUGUGCACCUCCUGGGCAGAGAACUUACCUCUUGACCUACUGUAUGGAAUGGCUGCCCCCACCUGUUGGGUUGGUGUCUAAAUCAAGUGUAACUCUUUGCCCCUAAACUCCUACCUCUCAAACUACCCAGGUACGAACAACCCCAUAUCUAUUCAAUGAUGGCUAGACAAUGUUUCAUUUGGUUUGAUUCAAGUCCUAUUCCGAGUUGCCUUUUUUUUCCUUUUUCUUUUCUCUAGUUAAAUGCUAUUUGAUGUUGCUUCUCAUGCCCAUGUUAUCACCAAUCAGAUUGACAGAUCUGCGAUUAACAUUUUAAAACCUUCUAGAAUGUGUGUCUCACCAGCGCAGUCUAUGUGAGAUGAUGGUAUCACAUUUUACCCCUGCCAUUCCCCACUCUCCAUAACCCUCACCCCUAUGCCGCCCUCCCCUCGACAGUCCUUCUAGACUCAACACCCCCAUCUGUCUCCACCCACUACUCCUUCUCUCCCUUGAUGGCUAUACAGCAGUGGAGGCUGGUGGUAGGCGCUAUAGGCUCAUUGUAAUGGCUGGACUGGAAUUAAUGGAACGGAGUUAAUGUGGCUUCCACAUGUUUGACUCCAUUCCAGUCGUUACAAUAAGCCUUUUCUCCUACAGCUGCUCCCACCAGCCUCCACAGCUGUAUGGUACCUAUGCCUCAUUGGAGGCUGUGGGAGGAGAUACGCAUGUACUUUUGUGUUUUUAUAAUUAUUUCUGUCAUUAGAACUCAAUUUUAUACUUUUUGAAGAGGAAUUCCAGUAGAGGUAGAUCCGUGUGAUUCUCUGUAAGUGUUCUUAAUAUAGUACCCCAGACAGGAAGAUGUGUAAUCCCAAAUGGCACCCUAUUCCAUUAUAGUGCACUAUAUGGGUCUUGGUCAAAAGUAGCACACUACAUAGGAAAUAGGGUGCCUUACAGGACACAACCAGACAGUCGCAUUCCAGGCAGUCUUAACUGCAGUCCGUUGCGGUGUGUAAAUGUUCAGAUCUUACAUUGCGGCAGGUAGCCUAGUGGUUAGAGCGUUGGACUAGUAACCGAAGGGUUGCAAGAUCAAAUCCCCAAUGCCUGGAGAAGUGUUUAACUUCUCAGGAAACCACGUCAAUAGGCUUUAGUGUCUUAGAUGGACACCAACUCCUAAUGUCUCAAAAUAAUGCUAUAUAUUAAUUUGGAUUUAAAGUAUCAGAAGCAUAAUUUAAGAGUGGGCUGUUUUCCAUUUUGUUUUCUCCCUAUCGAGUCUCUUUAAAAAAAGAAUAAUGAAGUGGUGAAUGUCUUUCGCUGGGAGCACGUGAGAGAAUUUCACUCCUAGCCACCUACUUGCAAGGAAGGCACUUGCAUAGAUCUAAAGAAGCUUGGCUAGAUAUAAACAGACUUGUCUUUUAGACUUAUCUUUUCAAUGCCUUGGUAAUACCAUAUUUCUUCUACCUUAUCCAAUGCUUUCUGAUGUACACAUCGUAUGGGGGGUUGUGUGGGAGAUAAAGGGGUCUAGUUUGAGUACAUCCAGACUAUGCAUGUUUAAUCCUUUGUGGACGUUCAGUUGCUGGACAAAAAUAUACGACAGUAUUCUCAAAUAAAACCAAACCUUUUGAAAUAA